GAGACUUCAGCAGCCAGUCCAGUACGUGGCCUGACAGCUGGGAGUGUUUGCUGUGGCUUGUCCGCUGGCAGGUUGAGGCCACAGGCUGUGCGUGAUCGAGACCCGCAUGCACCAGGACGCCUGAUACCCGCUGUAAAUCUCCUCCACGUCUUCGAAUCGUGUCACGUCCACUCUGUCAGCGUGGCAUGGCGGAGAGCGGGUCGUCGGUUGCAUUCUCCGGCUCUCUGACGAGCUCCACUCUUCCUCCGCCGCGGACCCGCAUCUUCAAAAUCAUCGUGAUCGGGGACUCGGGGGUCGGAAAGACGUGCCUCACCUAUCGCUUCUGUGCCGGCAAGUUCCCCGAGAAGACCGAGGCCACGAUCGGGGUGGACUUCAGGGAGAGGCUGGUGGAGAUUGAUGGCGAGAAAAUCAAGAUCCAGCUGUGGGACACUGCAGGACAAGAGCGCUUCAGGAAGUCCAUGGUGCAGCACUACUAUCGCAAUGUGCAUGCUGUUGUCUUCGUCUAUGAUGUCACCAACGCUGCUAGCUUCCGCAGCCUCCCUGCCUGGAUUGAGGAGUGCAAGCAGCACGCGCUGGGCACGGAGGUACCCAGGAUCUUAGUUGGAAACAAGUGCGACCUCCAAGACUCCAUCCAAGUGAGCACAGAUGUGGCGCAGCAGUUCGCAGAUGCCCAUUCCAUGCCACUAUUCGAGACAUCUGCAAAAAGCCCUAACAGCCAAGGAGAAGGAAGCUGUGGCAGUGGAAACAGUGACCACGUUGAGGCUAUUUUUAUGACGGUGGCCCACAAACUAAAGUCUCAAAAGCCUCUAGUGUUGAGCCAGCCCCCUGGGGUUUCAGGAGGCACCAUCAACCUGAGCAGGGGGAUGAGUGAUGGGGGAGAUGCGAACAGGAGCUGGACUUGCAGCAGCUGCUGAAGAAGAAGACUGGAGGGAAAGAGGGAUAUAACUUUAGCUUCAGACUGAACACGGCCACUGAAACUGAAGAUAAAGUGAGCUGAGGAAACAGUGGUGGUCUAGAAAGAUUGAGUGGAUCCAGCCAAAUGACUUCAAAAUCAGAACAACAGAAACGAUGUGUUCAUUUGAAAACAAUACAUUUUUCAUGUGCUUGUGCUUGAUAUUGCAAAUGACCUUUAAAGGGUUUGGGGCAAUGUGUUUGCUGCUUUGGGAUGUUGGUUUAUGGAAAUUAUUGUGAACACAAAGUCAGAACCUGAGUCAGUUAUCCUGAGAUAGUCAUUUUUAAAGUCUCAAGUAAGUUACCUUGUUUUGUGGCAACAUAAAACCCAGAAGCACUGUGGCAUUCA